GGUAUUGCUAUACUACUCGUAGGACACGUGGCAGGGGCUCACGAAACGUCCAACUUGCUUGCGGUGUCGCGUUCUGACUCGCUAAAAUGGGCGCCAGCGGAAACAUGUUGUUGGACACGGUGGUGCCCGGUAUGGGCGCCGUUAUAUCUAUUCUCAUGUACCUCUCACCGCUCAAGGCGGUGCUCAAGGCGCAGCGGGAAAAGCACCUCGGGGACCUGAAUCCCAUUCCAUUUAGCAUUACCAUUGCCAACUGCAUCGCGUGGCUGGGCUACGGUCUGCUGAAGAAGGACCCCUUCGUGUGCGCUCCCAACGCGCCGGGCGUGCUCAUUGGCACGUACAUGUCGCUCACGGCUCAUGGCCUGGCUGAUGAGGGGGCCAAGGAGCGCAUCCGCUUUGUGGUGUGCCUCGCGGCGGCGAUAUUUCCGUUCCUCGGUGUUUACACGUCAUUCUUCGCCCCGAGCGCUGUGGUGCAGCAGGGCGUGUGGGGCAUGGCCGGCAACAUCGUCUGCCUGGUGUAUUACGCCGCUCCGCUGUCCACCAUGUGGGACGUCAUCCGCACGCGCAACAGCAGCUCCAUCCUAGUGCCGCUAACCAUGAUGAACACACUGAACGCGGCGCUGUGGACCACGUACGGUGUGGCUGUGGCGGACCCGUACAUCUGGGCGCCCAACGGCAUUGGCCUAGCGCUGAGUGUGAUGCAGAUCGCGCUGCGGCUGGUGUUCCCCGCGCGCGCCGCCUCGGCAUUGCCCAGCCACGCCCACCACUCGGUAGAGGGUGGCAUUGACGUCGCGGUGAUUGACAGACGCGUCCCGCGGCUGCGGGCGGGGCGGUGACCCCUUGCCGCGCACACCCGGCAGCCAGCGAAUGCGGCUGUGCAGUGCCGAAGUCAGACCCAGGCAAAUGGGGCGGCAGCGGUGCCAGCAAGUACGCCCGCCUGGAUGAGGAGGUGCCACUGGGGGGCGCCGGACACUGAAUAGGGCGGGGGUAGGCAGGGGAAUGAAGGGGGGGUUGCAAGGCAGAGGCUGGCGUGCAUGGAACAAGCGGAGCUGGAUGCUUCUAGUUGCAUGCGUGUCAAGGGAUGCGUGCGCAGUAGCAGGCGCACAGAGCUCCUCGCUUAGUACGGUAUGUCGCGUGCGUGCGAUGCGGCGCACGGCUAUCAACAGGAAUGGUCAGGGCUUGCAGCAGGUAUACAGUUUACCGUAGUGCGGUCAGCCAGCGUGGGAAAACGAGGUGGUUGGGUUUGUCCGUCACUGACGGCACUGGUAUGACAUCUUUGAACUUUGCUGAGAUGCCUGCCAUCCCACAAUAUGCUAUGUUGCCGCUAUGCUUGAAUUUCUUUCUUGCUGAGACCAAACGCGUACCAUUUGAUCUGCCGGAGGCUGAGCAGUGGGUAUAACUCGACGGACCGCGUCGGAAAUGCUGAUCACCAGCAGCGGAUUUAAGACAAUGCAAAUCGCAACUCGUGAUGUCUUUUGAUGGGGUCUGCCCAAAGUAGCCCAGACCAGCGUCGGAUAGGACACCGCGAGCGUUGACACCUCAAACGCCGCAAUUUAAUGCAACAGGUCA